AUGAAAUUUACAACAACUACUUUAAUUUCAAUAUUAUCAUCAAUAGUUGCUACCAAGGCUUCAUGUACUUUUGAUGGUGGUAAUUAUUAUUGUUCAGAAACAAAUAAAAUCAUUUAUAAAGAUAUUGGAUUUCAAGGUACUUAUCAAGAUGUAACAAAUAUGGAUGAAACAUCAGGUACUUGUUCUCAACAAUCUUAUUCUUUCUCAGGAAAUUUAUCACCAUUAGAUGAAGAAUUAUCAGUACAUUUUAGAGGUCCAUUAGCUUUAAAACAAUUUGGUGUUUAUUAUCCAUCAUCAGGUUCAAAUCAGAAAAAGAGAGAAAUUAAUAAUGAAGAUUGUAAUACUCAACAUUUUCAUCAUAAACAUAAAAGAGCUACUGAAAUUGUUGAAGUUACUCAAACUGUAUUUGUUGAUGGUAAUGGUAAUUUAGUUACUUCUCAACAAACUUCAACUUCUACUGAACAACCACAAGUACAACAACCACAAGUACAAAGUCAAAGUGAACAAGAAACUAUUGCUCAACCAGUUACUUCUGCUGAUAUUCAAAAUAAAGCUUAUAGAUCAUUAUCAACUCAAUCAGCUCCAACAACAACUUCAUCAACUAGUUCACAAUCAACUGAAACUGCUAAUGUUGGUGGUGCAUGGGAAAGAAGUUCUUAUUAUACCCCAGGUUCAGCUGAUAAUUGUGUAUUUUUAAAUUAUCAUGGAGGUUCAGGUUCUGGUGUUUGGUCAGCAGCUUUUGGUAAUUCAUUAUCUUAUGCUAAUUCAGAUAAUUCUGGUGGUUCUUCAUCUCCAGUUGCUUUAGAAGAUAUUACAAUAAAAUCAAAUAAUGAAUUUGUUAUUAUGUCUGGUCAGAAAUGUUCAGGUUCAUCAUGUGGUUAUUAUAGAUCAGGAUCAGUUGCUCAUCAUGGUUUUGGUGGUAAUUCCAAAAUUUUUGUUUUUGAAUUUGAAAUGCCAAGUGAUAAUUCAGGUUCUGGGUUUAAUGUAGAUAUGCCAGCUAUAUGGUUAUUAAAUGCAAAAAUCCCAAGAACUUUACAAUAUGGUGAUGCUUCAUGUUCAUGUUGGAAAACUGGUUGUGGAGAAUUAGAUUUAUUUGAAAUUUUAUCAACUGGUUCAAAUAAAUUAAUAAGUCAUUUACAUGAUGGUCAAGGUGCUGCUUCAAAUUCAAAUAAUGGUGGUGGUGGUUCACAAGAUUAUUUUGUAAGACCUACUUCUGGUACUUUAAAAGCUGCUGUUAUAUUUAGUGGUAAUGAAAUUCAUAUUGUUCAAGUUGAUGAUUCUACUUCAUUUGAUGGUUCUUUGGAUGAAGAUACCGUUAAUGGAUGGUUAAAUCAAUCUGGUUCAUUAGCUACUAUUGGUUAUUAG